AUGGACCGGCACAGGCCGCGGCUGCGUACCCCGGCGCAGCGCUCGGUCGCCGGGGCUGCCUACCCCGCCUCCUCCCCGGGCCGUAGCCGCCGGGACAGCGAUGCGCCGCGCAGGAAGGGCCUGCAGCGCCCUCCGCCGCCCCGCGGCCGCGCGGCGCCUGCGGAGAAGCGCCCCAAGUUUCAUUUAAAUAUCAGGACGCUGACAGAUGACAUGAUGGAUAGAUUUGCCAGCAUAAGAAUUCCAGGGAGCAAGAAAGAGAGGCCUCCACUUUCCAACCUGAGGACUGCGUUUUCAAACAAUGAUUGUUCUUCAGAAAUGAAUGAAAACAUUCCAAAACCACUGUCCGAGAAGGAGAUUUUAGAGCUUUUUGAAAAGAUGAUGGAAGAUAUGAAUUUAAAUGAAGAUAAAAAGGUACCAUUGCGGGAAAAGGACUUCAGUAUCAAGAAAGAAAUGGUGAUGCAGUACAUUAAUACUGCUUCCAAGACAGGAAGUCUUAAGAGUAAUCGACAGAUCUCACCUGAGGAAUUCAUCUAUGAACUGAAGAUGGGGUCUGCGGAUGAGAGACUCUUCACGUACCUGGAGUCCCUCCGCGUGUCUUUGACAAGUAACCCUGUGAGUUGGGUGGAAAGCUUUGGACAUGAGGGGCUUGGAUUAUUACUCGACAUCUUGGAAAAGCUGAUUAGUGGCAAAAUACAAGAAACAAUUGUGAAGAAGAAUCAGCACAAAGUCAUACAGUGUCUGAAGGCCUUGAUGAAUACCCAGUAUGGCUUGGAAAGAAUUAUGAGUGAAGAGAGGAGUCUUUCUUUGCUAGCCAGAGCCAUUGAUCCUGAGCAGCCUGGCAUGAUGAUGGAUGUGGUUAAGCUCCUUUCUGCAGUGUGCAUCGUAGGGGAGGAAAGCAUCCUUGAAGAAGUCUUAGAAGCUUUAACAUCAGCUGGAGAAGAAAGAAGAAUUGACAGAUUUUCUUCUAUUGUGGAAGGUCUUGGGCACAAUUCAGUUCAAUUGCAAGUAGCGUGUAUGCAGCUCAUCAAUGCUCUUGUUACAUCUCCUGAUGACUUGGACUUCAGGCUUCACAUCAGAAAUGAAUUUAUGCGUUGUGGAUUGAAAGAGAUAUUGCCAAAUUUAAAACAUAUUAAGAAUGAUGGCUUGGAUAUCCAACUUAAAGUCUUUGAUGAGCAUAAGGAAGAAGAUUUGAUGGAGUUCUCCCAUCGCCUUGAAGAUAUUAGAGCUGAAUUUGAAUAUCCUUUUUUUACUGAAGCGAAUGAUCUUUACAACAUGCUGUGGAACACAGUUAAGGAAACCAGAGCAGAGGGGUAUUUCAUUUCAAUUCUGCAGCAUCUUUUGCUGAUUCGAAAUGAUUAUUUUAUAAGGCAACAGUACUUCAAAUUAAUUGAUGAGUGUGUAUCUCAGAUUGUACUGCAUAGAGAUGGGAUGGAUCCAGACUUCACAUAUCGAAAAAGACUAGACUUAGAUUUAAGUCAGUUUGUUGAUAUUUGCAUAGAUGAAGCAAAACUAGAAGAGUUUGAAGAGAAAGCAUCAGAACUUAACAAGAAAUUUGAAAAAGAGUUUACCGACCACCAAGAAACUCAGGCUCAAUUGCAGAAAAAAGAGGCAGAGAUUAAUGAGCUUCAAGCAGAGUUACAAGCUUUUAAAUCACAGUUUGGUGCCUUGCCACCCGAUACCUGUUUGCCUCCUUCAGAUGGAAAUGGAACCGGCCCACCAGCCCCGCCGCCCCCGCCGCCCCCGCCGCCCCCAGGGCCGCCCUUACCGCUUGGCGGCGGGCCUGUGCCCCCACCCCCUCCGCUGGGACUUCUCAGCGGACACACCGCGCCCCUUCCACCGACCCUGCCUUUUGGGUUAAAACCAAAGAAAGAAUUUAAACUGGAAAUCAGCAUGAGAAGAUUAAAUUGGUUAAAGAUCAGACCUCAGGAAAUGACUGAAGACUGUUUCUGGGUACAAGUAAAUGAAAAUAAGUAUGAAAGUGUGGAUUUGCUUUGUAAACUUGAGAAUACGUUUUGUUGCCAGCCAAAAGAGAAAAGAGAAGAGGAAGAUUUUGAAGAGAAGAAAGCUAUUAAGAAACGAAUUAAAGAACUUAAAUUUCUAGAUUCUAAAACUGCCCAGAACCUUUCAAUCUUCCUGAGUUCUUUCCGGGUGCCAUACGAGGAAAUCAAAAUGAUGAUAUUGGAAGUGGAUGAAGCACAGUUGGCAGAGUCUAUGAUUCAGAACUUAAUAAAACAUCUUCCCGAUCAAGAACAGUUGAAUUCACUGUCUCAGUACCAGAGUGAAUAUAGCAACUUAAGUGACCCCGAGCAGUUUGCUGUUGUGAUGAGCAGUGUGAAGAGACUCCGGCCUCGGCUCAGUGCUGUUCUCUUUAAGCUUCAGUUUGAAGAGCAGGUGAACAGCAUCAAGCCUGACAUCAUGGCUGUCACCGCCGCCUGCGAAGACAUCAGGAGGAGCCGGGGCUUCAGCAAGUUGCUGGAGCUGGUGUUGCUAAUGGGAAACUACAUGAAUGCCGGCUCCCGGAAUGCACAAACCUUCGGAUUUAACCUUAGCUCUCUCUGUAAACUAAAGGACACAAAAUCAGCAGAUCAGAAAACAACUCUUCUUCAUUUUCUUGUGGAAGUAUGUGAAGAAAAGCAUCCUGAUAUCCUGAAUUUUGUGGAUGAUUUGGGACAUUUGGACAAAGCUAGUAAAGUUUCUGUAGAAACCCUGGAAAAGAACUUGAAACAGAUGGGAAGGCAACUUCAACAGCUUGAGAAAGAUUUGAAAAUCUUUCCCCCUCCUGAAGACUCACAUGAUAAGUUUAGUACCUUAACUGUAAUAUACAGCUUUGUUAUCAGUGCAAAAGAACAAUAUGAGAAACUUUCAAAAUUACAUGAAAACAUGGACAAGUUAUACCAGAAUAUAAUGGCAUACUAUGCCAUCGACGUGAAGAAGGUUUCCGUAGAAGACUUCUUGACUGAUUUGAAUAACUUCAGAACCAUGUUUAUGCAAGCAAUGAAGGAGAAUUUCAAAAAAAGAGAAGAAGAGGAAAAAGAAAAACGUGCCAGGAUAGCCAAAGAAUUGGCAGAGAAGGAAAGACUUGAACGCCAACAAAAGAAAAAGCGCUUAUUAGAGAUGAAGACUGAGGGUGAUGAGACAGGAGUGAUGGAUAGUCUGCUGGAGGCCUUGCAGUCAGGGGCUGCCUUCCGCGACCGAAGGAAAAGGACACCGAAGCCAAAAGAUAUUCGGCAGAGUCUCAGUCCAGCAUCUCAGAGGCCUAUUCUGAAAGUUUGUAACCAUGAAAAUCAGAAGUUGCAGUUGACAGAAGGGUCACGUUCACACUACAAUAUCAAUUGCAGCUCAACAAGGAUUGCAGUCGCCAAGGAGCUUAAUUAUAAUCUAGACACUCACACGUCUACAGGGAGGAUCAAGGCAGUUGAGAAGAAGGAAGCCUGUAAUGCAGAAAGCAGCAGAAAAAAGGAAAUGGAACUUCUUGGCUCUGUUUCUAAAAAUGAGCCCAUUCCCGAAGUUGAAGCCCUGCUGGCAAGAUUACGAGCUUUAUAA